AGCUAUAUUUUGUACUGUUCCCUGAGUAUAAGCUUAAUUUGUGAAAAUCAUGGAAGCUUUGCCGUAAAAUUCAAACCAAGAAGACUUAUAUUUACAUACAACGAGUUGCAAAACACGAAGAAGUAGAAAAGCAACAGUGAAACUUUAUAAUUAAUAAUAUUAUUGCUGCUUGUCAUUAUUAGUGGAGGUCAGUAUUAAUAGUGGAUGGCAGCAUUUCAAUAACUCUCUAACGUGACAUCAAAUCAAUCAAAACUGCGUUCUUCCUUUAGAACGACAUUUGACAACUUUCCUGUCACUUGCAUAUUUCAAGAUUGUUAAUGGAAAUGAGGCGUCCUCACCAAAAUACGCCUUGCUCAAGUUUCAGAAUAUUUUAUAGUCAGACAACUUCCUAUCGGGAGCACCAGCUUGACAUGGUGAAUUGGUGGAAUGAAGGUAGUGGCCUUUUCAAUCAUCCCACUUUGCCUAUCACCAAAUCCGUUUACAAGGACUUCAAAGGCAAACCGUUCAGUGUACCAGUACUCCACAAACCACCAUGGCAUUUUGUAAAACACAUAAAUGGCACGAAGUCAAAAGACACCGUUAUAAAGGUACUCGGAGGAAGAGAUGACAGAGUUUUGAGGCUGCUGGCACGAAAACUUAAUUUUAGGUACGAAUAUUUUGACCCACCAGAAAAGAUUCAAGGUACUUAUGAUUCAGAAACUGGUGUUUUUAACGGAGUUAUAGGCCUUAUAGGACGCAGGGAAGCCGAUCUUUUCCUGGGAGACGUAGCUCUUACAUACGAGAGAUCAAAAGUGGUGGAAUUUUCAUUUAUCACAUUGGCAGAUAGUGGAGCAUUCGUUACGCAUGCUCCCAGCAAGUUAAAUGAAGCUUUAGCUUUGUUACGUCCAUUCCAUUGGCAGGUUUGGCCAGCCAUUGGAGUUACAUUUGUAGUAGUUGGUCCAGCACUAUACUUUAUCAUAUAUUUGUCGAACAAGUGGCACCCGACAAUGAAAAUUCGAUCUCAAAUUCGGCUUUUAUUUGAUUGUACUUGGUUCACGGUUACUAUACUUCUGAAGCAGACCGGCAGAGAACCUAGCUCCAGCCAUAAAGUACGCUUCGUUCUCGUAUUGCUGUCAAUUUCAGCAACUUACGUGAUCACUGAUAUGUACUCAGCAAAUUUAACUUCACUGCUCGCAAAACCAGGACGUGAAAAAGCUAUACACAAUCUAUAUGAUCUUGAAAAAGCGAUGGAGAUUAAGAAAUAUAAUCUAUAUGUCGAGCGACAUAGCUCGUCAUAUAAGUUGCUAGAGAAUGGUACAGGUGUAUACUCAAGACUAUGGGAACUGAUGGAAAGGCAACAAGAUAAUUUUGCAGUAAAUACCGUCGAAGAAGGUGUUAAGAAAGUUAGAGAUUCCAAAAAUGGUGUACUCAUGGCUGGCAGGGAGACAUUGUAUUUUGAGAUUCAGAGAUUUGGAGCCAGCAACUUUUUUCUUAGUGAAAAGCUGAAUACUGCUUACUCUGCCAUUGCUUUUCAGCUUGGUUGCCCAUACAUUGAAGAGUUCAAUAGGAUAUUGAUGGCAAUCUUUGAGGGAGGUAUAAUAACAAAAAUGACAGAAGACGAGUACAAAAAAUUAGGCAAGGAGAAGGAAGUAUCCAGCGAAGAUGCAGAUGUCUUCGCGCCAGAUGCAAAGAAAGAUAGUAGAAGGCAGACUAAGAUGGUGGAAGAUAGUGAAAAACUUAAGCCCCUCAGCUUGAAGAUGCUACAAGGGGCUUUUUAUCUACUCUGUAUUGGAAAUGCUACAUCAGGAAUCAUUUUGCUUAUCGAGAUAUUGUUCCAUCGACAUCAAAGAAAGCUGAGAAGGGAAAGAAAGAGAAGGAUGCAACCACUGAAGACCAAAAUAAGUGAAAUGGGUCGGUGGAUGAAAGACUUUGGGACUAGUUUGAUCUAUGAUGCCUUCAUGCCACCAUUCGAAUACGUAGAUUAAAGGAGGACGCCCAGUUUGAAAUCUUUACUUUUUUAUUGUUUAGCAACAAAAUGGUUUAGUACGAAGCUAUAGAACGUUGAACAAGUUAUGCAACGUAGGUAACCCUGGCCUUCAAGUGAACCUCGGGUUGAUGCCUUUUUAUUAUCAAAGCAGCACCUACGGUUAUACACACAAUCAUAUAGAAAAGCGGGUAAAUUUAAAAAAAAAACUAAGUAGGGAAUGCCUUUUUGAAAAGCUGUGUAUGUAAGUGUUUAAUAUUUGUAUAUUUUUUUUCCUGUAACAAGGUUGAAUUUCCCGCUCCAGUAGUAGUAAAAAAGCACUUGCAAGUUGGAAUUUUAUUUUUCCUAAUGAUACAUCGUUUACGGUUUUUAGAAAGUUCAAGACUGCCAGUAGAUUAUACCC